GGGAGAGGCAGCUCCAGCGCGGGCCUGCCGGGGAAGGCUGCGGCGGUCGCGCAGCGCGCCCUGGGGCGGCCGAGCGCAGAUAGUUUUGUGGGAGAGAAAAAGGCUCUGCAGAAAUGGCUCUGUUAAAAUGCGGCUGGCUCUGGAGACAGAGUUCCAUUCUGCGACGCUGGAAAAGGAACUGGUUUGUGCUGUGGGCGGACGGCAGCCUCGUCUAUUACCACGAUGAAACUGGCCGUGAAAUGGACGGGAGAAUCAACAUCAAAUCCAACUGCAGAGACGUCAGGACGGGCCGCGAAUGCCGCGAUAUCCAGCCUCCAGAAGGGAAAACUCGCGAGUGCCUGAUGUGCGUCGUGCAAAGGGAUGGCCCCAAGAUCAUGCUGUGUGCCGAGAGCCAGGACGAUGCACUAGCUUGGAAGAUGGCCCUUUUCGAAGCCAAAGCAACGCAGGUUCACCUAUAUGACCCGUACGAUGACUAUUACCAAACGGUUCCCCUGGAUUCGCACCAGGCGCUGUACGUCAGCUCAGAUUAUUACGGCAACCAGUAUGGCGCCCCCGGGAUGACCCACGUCAUCAUCCGCGAAGACCCCUACCGUGUUUCUGGAGACCAGAUGGCCCUGGGUCUCCUGGCCGGGGCGGCCACUGGGGCAGCCCUGGGCUCGUUCAUGUGGAUGCCUUGUUGGUUCUGAAGCUCUGCUGUUGGUAGAACUGCCAGCCCAGCCCAGCCCGGCUGACUCCCGUUUUCCUGGCAAGAACCCAUGGUUUGGAAGAGAAGAGGGAGAACCAAAGGGGAUGGGUCAUGUGGCACGUAGAUUCCCAGGGGUUCGGCAAGAUUCCAGGGAAGGUUUUCAAGUCCCUGCUGUGUAACCAUAACAGCGGCCAGUAGUUCCCAUGCUUCACUGCUAUGCUAUGCCCUCCCCAGUUUGUUUUGCCUCCCUGGGUCAGAUGUAGGGCAGGCCAGGCGGCUGCUGCCCCUGCCCUAAAGCUGUCGUGUUGCGUUUGGCUGGGGGAACGUAAGGGGUUAUCCGAGAAUGCCCAGGGGGCCCCACCAGCUUGGAAAUCCGCUCAUCCUGGCCAGAAGCUUCCGUGAAAUCUCUUUGUGGUUCAUAUACAAGCUAUGUUCCUGUAACACCCUUGGCUAGGGUUCAUCUCAGUUAGGCUCUUUAGCGGCUGAUGUCAGAGGCAAGCCCAGCCAAUGGGUUUUCCGUAAUCAGGUUAAGCGUGUUGUGUGAACAAAGGCAAAUUCCCUUUGUAACCUCUGGUAUGAUGCAUUCGCAGUGUAAAUGGGUCUUGGUGAAUCCUUGAGGUCAGGCAUUCUCAGCAUCUUCCUACCCAGAUCAUAUAGCUUGGAUGUUGCUCUCCGAGGCCCCUCCCAUCCCACGUCUUGAGGGUGCUUGCAGGGCAUGGUCAGAAAAGUCAAGGUGAUUCCACAAUAGUGCGAUCAAAGCUCCGCUUGUUUUUGUGGAUGCCCAUGAAAAAACAGCUUCAUUUGCACCACUGUGGUAUCAUCUUGGCUUUUUUGACCAUGCCCUGUGGAUACCCUGCUGCAAUUCCUUUGCCCACCCCUGUUUGCAGGCUUCCUGUCUCCCUCCUCUUCCCCACCUCUUAGGGUGGAAGGUCUCAGAGUUAGGGUGAAAGAUGCUGCACCCUGGCUGGACUUCAGUUAGGCUAAGCCCAUUUACAGAUAGUCCUCACUUAACAACUACAGUUGGGACUGGAAUUUUGGUUGCUA